CUGUUCCGGAAGCCGAGCGGGCGCGGGACAUUUGAACCAUUUCCUCCGAUAUUGUCGGCGGGGAGACUCCGUGAAGCGCUGUUUAUCGGAUUUCCGUCCAUGAGAUCGAAUAGACGAUUCCCGGAGAAUUCUAUCUUGGGAAGCCGAGUCCUGGGAGAGUUGUGAGGGGUUAUGUAAUCCUGGAAAACCGCGGGCGGCUGUACACACAGAGCGGUGACAUCUCCCCAGUAGCGUCACCUUCCACCCGAGAGCAUUGCUGAGAUCUGGAGCCGCUGCCAUGUCUGGGCGGAAGAAAAGGAGCGGCAGCCGAGGGACGGUGACCUGGGGCCAGGACAGUAUCGCUUCUCCACGGGUCAGAAGAUCACAGAGACAUUCUGCGUCGUUCAACAAGUCUUCAGACAGCCCGAUGCCUGCACCAGUGAUGAAACGAUCCGUCACUGCUAAGAAAAUCAUGCCUCGCAAAACACUGGCUGCACUUGCCUCUGCUGAAUCUCAGCCUGUUACUACAGCCACGGUAGAACAAUCCAGUCUCUGCUCCAGUUCAGCUCAGCCUAAGAUGGUACAGACUGCUCCACAGUCCACCCCAAAAGUGUCAAAUGUUGCAGCUCCUCCUAGGAGAAGUUCAAGGAUUUCCCCAAGUACGGGAAAAGAAAAUGUAAUACUUAAGUCCCAAGAUAUUGCUAAAGUAGUACAAGGCGACUCCACAACCUCCAAAAUAGACAUCCUAUCUCCUAUUCCUCUGAACAUACCCCAGUCACCUACCUAUGAAGACCGACAGAAAGUGAUGUCUCAGAAAGUACGGCGCUCUUACAGCAGAUUGGAGAUGUCUCUGAAUGGCAGCUCGUUUUUGUACAGUCCCACCAGGAACACUGAUUCAUCUGACACCUCUACCCCAAACUUUACAUCAAAAUCAGGUCGGAGGUCACUUUUUGGGUUUGAUAAACUUUUGAGCUCAGAAGAUGAUGUGGUGAACAAGAAAGUUGGUGAGAAAAUGAAAGGGACAUUUAAUGAGACCUCAAAUGGGACAUCCAUGAGGCUACCUGUGGAAGAGCCGGACUUUAACAUCCCUGGUGUGGCUGUACCCAAACAAAAAAGGAAGAAACGUAAAGUUCCACAGAUUAAGGUUUCGGCUCUGGAUGAGUGGGCGGCAGCAAUGAAUGCGCAGUUUGAUGAAGCAGAGAAAUUUGACCUGCUUGUGGAGUGACGGGACUGGACCCUGCUUGUGUAUAUACGAUAAAUAGAAGCUUCUAUAGACUUGUUCUUUAAAUCUAGUUGUCACGUCUUGUCUUUUUUGUACAUGUAUAUUUUUGUUGCUUAUUUUAAGAUGGCAGGUUCUUUUACUAAAGACAGAUUGUAUAGAGUUUCUUAUAUUGGUGUAUUGAUAAGAGGCUAAAAGGGGUUGUACGGUUUCAGAGCUGAACCCGGACAUCCCUCCAUUCGCGCCCCCCCCUCCCCUGCCUUGAGCAUCGGCGCAGUUCAUGCUCCGAUGCUCUACUUUGCCCUGUGCUAAAUCGCGCAGGACAAAGGCAUUUUUUGGAGAUCCGGUGACGUACCCGGUCUCUCCAUGGGGCUGCCAGGAACCCCCGGUGACAUCCUCAGCACUGAUGGUGUGGGAUUUAGCGCUGCUCUAGCCAGUAAAACAGCUAGGGCAGCACUUAAGCCCGCCCAUCAGAGCCGGUGCCGUCACCGAACAAAUUGCCGGGCGGAAGUUUCUGCCCGGCAGUGUGCUAUUGAAAACAAAAGAACCCGUGCCCUGAGCGAUCUAGCGCAUGGCAAGGGAGCGCAUCGGAGUGGAAGGCUAUCUCUGGAAGUCCUAAGCAGAACGGCGCAUACUCGUCCUGCCACUCCGUUAGGACAGUGAAAUGGGACUACCAUUCUUGGGACCCCCACCGUUCCCAUUAAUUGUACCCUAUCUAAUGUGGAGGAGAAAUUUUAAGUAACUGGAAGCCUCUACCAACUGAAUUGACCCUAAUGUACUUGGAACCAGAAGCCAACGUGCCUCUAAAUCUGCAGCGGACUUAGUGUUGUGAUAAGUCCUAUAUAAAAUCACAUAAAACAAUAGUAUCUGUUAUGCUAUGCUUCCUGCUCUAUCUGUACAUAUGGCCACUAUAUAGUAGCAGGAAAUAGUCCUUCCGGCAACCUAAGGCAAAUGUGACUCAAGUUUAUAUAGUAAUCCUAUCAUUAAAGGAGUUAUUGAUUUAAUGUAAAAAAAUAAAAUCUCUUUCUUACAAAGCUAGAACCAGGAGGUAGUUGAAGGAUGGAACUGAGCAUGUGCGGCCAUCUCUGUGAGGUGGACAGAGAAA